UUCCUACGCUGUGAAAGUCUGGUCCUAGGCCUAGGCCGGUUGGUCCGCCUUUCCGUUGUACGAAAUUGACACCGGAUGAGUCGUGGUUGUCGGUGUUCAUCUGGCAGGUGCUUAAAUUGCGUCUGUGUUCAAGCCGGACGUCUUUGCCGGGAACAGUGUAAUUGUAGCCAAGACUCGUGCAAUAAUCAAGGUAUUGACCGAUUUCAAGACCCCCAAGGAGCUACAAUGGACCUUGAUGCCUUCAAUGCCGCCCUAGCUGCGCUUGCUACCAACCAACAACGUCAACAGCAGCAGCAGCAACAACAACAAGAUGUCCUGACAGCCCUAGCAGCACGGCUCUUAGCAGCCCCUGCUCCAGCGCCUCCACCACCGGCUGUCCCAGCGGCGAAUGCCGCCCCUGCACCUGUUCGAGUGGUGUUGGAUCCUGAUGUGAGGUAUUCUGGGUCGAACGGAGAAUCCGUGAACGAUUGGCUACAACUCGUAAAUCGGAAGGCCCUAGCGGAAAACUGGGGAGACGACGACAAACGACGGGCGGCCAUUAGCUCUCUUUUUGGGAAAGCCCUAACCUGGCAAGAAGAGAUAGGCGUCAACAUCUUGGACUGGGACGACUGGCUACUGGCGUUACGAGGAUCCUUUGAGGUCCGCCUUACCGAGGGCCAAUGGCAGGCAAUGGUGGAGGCACGGCGACAACUACCAAACGAACCGGGCUCCACAUACGUUCUAGAGAAAAUAAAAAUUUGUCGGCGCCGGUCCACUCCACUCAACGACGUCGAGCUAAUACCUUAUUUAAUCCGUGGCCUAUAUCAUCCGGCACACGUGUCAGUAAUGAUGGGAAAUCCACCGGCCAGUGUAAACGCUUUUUUGGUCGGAAUUCGUCGCCUGGAAAACAUUAGCGAGGCGGUAGCCGUUUCGCCGGAAACUAUUUCACCUUCAACGGGAUUCCACGAUAGAGAAAAAAAUGAGACCGCAGCAGCUUCCGAGUCCAUGGCGCGGGCAAUCGAGUCUCUAACCAACCAAGUGGCCCUUCUGACUCGAAUGGUGAAUCGUCCUCCAUCACCUGGCCCUGACAGACAAGCGGCUAAACACGUAACUUUUGAACGUCGCCCCCCAGGCUCGAGGAACGAAGUACUGUGCUAUAAUUGCCAAGGCUACGGGCAUAUUUCUCGUGACUGUCCUCAGCACAACCCGCGUUGGCCCAGACAAGAAGGGUCGGGAAACGGGUCAGUCGGUCCCUCGGGGCAGGAUCGACAAUGAAUGUUUUUG